UGAGGGAUCUGGCAUCCAAACACCCCAACCUGGUUCUUGUGAAGCUGGAUGUUGCAAACCCCUCAGCUGUUACUGACGCAGCGAAGAUCGUGGAGGGGAAGCUGAACGGGACGGGCUUGAACCUGCUGAUCAACAACGCCGGCAUCUACACCCCGACGGCGACGCUGGAGACGGUGGACGCCGAGGAGAUGAUGAGGGUGUACAAGACCAAUGCAGUGGGGCCAAUGCUGAUGGCCCAGGCGUUCCUGCCCCUGUUGAAGAAAGCUGCCCAGGAGAGCACAGAAAAGGGACUGAGUUGCAACAAGGCAGCCAUCAUCAACAUCUCCACCGUCAUGGGAUCCAUCGAGAAAACUCCUGAGUCCUUCUUCAAGCCUGUCAUCUCCUACCGCUGCAGCAAGGCUGCCCUCAACAUGCUCACCAAGUGCCAGGCUCUGACCUACAGGGAAGACGGGAUCCUCUGCGUGGCACUUCACCCUGGAUGGGUGAAAACCGACAUGGGCACCCAGGAGGCUGACCUGACGGUGGACACCAGUGUCCGGGGGCUGCUGUCGGUCCUGCCCAUCCUCUCUGAGAAACACAGCGGGACCCUGCUCAACUGGGAAGGUAAAGCUAUUCCUUGGUGACCACUCUGUCCCUGUGAGGGAUCCCCCAGUGUCAGGGG